AUGCAGAGAGUACCACUCACGGACCUCCUGGGGCGACGGAGUGUGCUGCUGGCCCUGGCCACCGCCAGCGCCUCCACGACCACCACCGCCGCCGCCACCUCCUCGACCACCCCAACCCCUGCCGCCGCCUCGUCCACCGCCACCCCAACCACCGCCUCCGCCCCUACCACCUCCCCCGCCGCUGCCGCCACCACCCCCACCGCUGCCACUAGCCCCUCCAGUCGCGCCACCACCCCCACCGCCUCCAUCGCCCCCACCACCGCCUCCCCCGCCGUCACCGCCUCCACCCUUGCCCCCUUUGCCCUUGCCGCUGCGGCGCCCGCUCGAAGCAGACGCAGUACCGACCUUCUCAGCACCAAGGAGGUCGACAGCAGCAGCAGAGGCGACAGAGGGAAGAAGGGGGGAAGGAGAACACCCCUCGAAGAAAGGGGUACGGGGGUCGCCACGAGAGGCACCUACAGCGACUAUGCUAGUCCCAGCUGCAAGCAGUUCCUUCUCGAGGAGGGCAAUGUCACGGGCCGCUCGGGGCCUCUAGGGGCGGUGGGCGCGGGGCCGACGGGGCCGUUCGGGGCCUUUAGGGAGGUGAGCGCGGGGCCUUAA